UCAAUUUGGCGCAGAUGUGCGUUUUAGAAGGAUUAGUGCUGGAAUUUUCAAAAAUCAAUAACUUUACGAAAUCUUGGUAGUUCCCUGCUGAGAAGAGAUGUCCCUAUUGCUGGUCGGGAUUAUGUAACAGAGGACUGAAUUUUAUUCUCUAUACGUCUGAAACUUGGCAUCGGAUUUUAUAGCCAGCAUAAGACGUUGUACACGACAUCUCUUCUUCCAAUCACACAAUAUUUAUUCACUAUCCAUUCCAAGUGUACCUAACUCAUAUAAUGUUUCACAGUUUUGUCAACCGACAAAUUAUUAACAUCGUUUUUCACCAAAAAGCACACAUUUUUUCGUUCAUUUGAAUCGCACUUCAAAUCCCCAUGCCAGUCACCCCGUAUCAAAGAGAAAGAAACAAGACCAAGUAACUGAACUCAGCAACCCUCUCAGCUUAUACGUAACAAAAGGUCAACGUCUCCCCACGUGUCGCAAAAACGCGUCGCGCCUCACCUUCGUCAUCAUCGUAUACACUAUACCUCUCGAAGCUUCGUGUACAAAGCGUCUCACCGACACGCGGCAAUAACGUGCAGUGUAUAACUCGCGCGUUAACGCCGGAGGGGGCGAAUUAAGAAAAUCGAGUGCACUUCGGGGGGUCGCGUCGUCGAAAAGACCGUCGACUAUGAGAUACGUCUCGCGCAGAAGCCUAGACGUCUUUUCAGAGGUCCUAAGGUCAGGGCUGCUGCGCAUCGAUCGCGUCUCGAGUUGCGUACGUACGUCCCCUCCGGUGCAUCUCCCGUUUCGUACAUACAGUGCAUUUGCCGAGAUAAGAGAGAAGGCCGAGUGAGAUGCGGAAGACGAGGUAUUGAGAAUGGGCUUUGGGGUUGAUUGACGUGAGCGGAUGGGGGUGAAGGGUGCGGGAUUGGGAUUGGUCGCGAGUCAGUUCAAGUUUUGAUGUGUUCAUUUCCGUUGAUUCUACGACGAUGCGUAUACGAAAAUAAUUGAAAUUUAUUUAAGUAUAACAGCUCGUUAUUAUUAUUUUUUUCCCGUAAAUUCAUAAAUCAUGAAUACGUUAUUUCGAAAGUAGCUUGUGAUUAAUUAAAUUCGUAUGGCUUAUGUUCAGGAUUCGCAUUGAACACGAAUUUCCAGUUUGAUGGGAAUCAUUACUCGAACGUCAAAGCUUCAAUCCCUGUUAUUUCGUAGAGUUAACCACCGGUAAAAUUCAAAUAACUCAGAGAAACAAACAUUGAACCACUGCGAAAAAUGUCUUCGAACACGACUCAGACCCCGCAAAACGGGGACAGCUCUAAGGGCACCUACCCGUUGCUGGGCAUUUGGCUGCGUCGCAUUAGCGACACGUAUAUUGGAGCCUGGCUGAUCGACGUGUUCCAGGCGUCAACCCAGGCGAUGGCGAGCGCCGCCGCGCCUCCCCAGUCGAGCGGCGGCACAGGUGGGCCCCUCAGCUUCAUGGGCUGCAUGAGAGAGGCCUCACCGCCGCCCUACGAUGAUCAGCCCCCGCCGCACAUGCAGAUGCACCACAGGCCACCCAUGGGACUGCCGAGUGGAGAGUUCAUGGCGCAGGGAUACGACUCGAUGCCCAAAGAGCCGAAAAAACGGCGCUUCCACCCGCUCCGAGGCCUCCGGCGAAUCUUCCGCAAGAAGAGUCGCGGCGCGGCUGACGCUCGACUGUCGGGUGGCGUGGGUGCAGGCUCGGGUAGCAGCGACCGCGAGCAGAAUGGCGAGCACAUGACACUGCGUGACCGGGAGGAGGUCACGCUGAGGGACCCCGCUGGACGGGCCGCAGAGAUCCGUAGCAGGAGCGCCAGCGAACUACUCACCGAGUCCGGAGAGCAGGAUCGACUGUUUCUGCGGCGGAGAGGCAUCGAGGAGUCAUUCGCCAACCUGCAGCGCGGCUGCGUCGGCGCCGUUGGCCAGCUCUCGGUCUCGCACGACAGCGUUUUCCCCGGCGAGGUGGGCCACACUCGGCCGCUCUCGUCCCUCGAUAUGCACGCGAGCCUCGAGCGACGAACGGCUAAGGCGUCCACUACUAGUGAGGCUACCGAACACAAGGAAAGUCAUCCCACUGGGCAGAGGAAUCGGAUAUCGUUGCGGGUGCUGGAACAGAUAAAGACGGUCAUAGAGAACCGGAAUCAGAUCUCGGCGUCGCCGGGCACGGAAAACUCAAACUCGCCGCACAACCGCUUCGCCAGCCGGGACAGGAGCGAGCGCAACCACGCAGCCGAGGAUACACAAGCAAAAGUCCCGAGGAAGGAUGCGCCCACACCGGCGAGCAACAACAACAACAACAGCUCGUCCAUCAUCGCCGAGGAGGCCAGCUCGCCACUCAAGGAAGAUCUUCCGGAGCUGACGACAGCCAGCCUGAACCACACAGCAGCCCUGCACCGCAUCUCGGUUCGCCCGAAGAAUCGCCGACCGCCGCGCCGAUCCGGUUCGCAGUCGAGCAGCAGCAUCAACAACACCUCGUCGACCUCGUCGAACGGCCUGCCGCGCAUCGACAGCAUCUCCGAGAACUCGAUCGACACGCUCGACAGCCUCGAGGCGAUGGCCCCGCUGGCCUCGGACUCGGGGAUCGGCAACUCGACUCGCGUCGACUCGCCGGCACCGCCGCUCACGCCCACGACUCCGCUGCCCGAGACCCCGACCUCGAGCAAGCCGAUACCGAUCCUCAGGAAGUCGUCGAGCCGCUUGUCCAGAAACUCCGAGGUCUUCGAGGAGCUCGAGGCCAAAUUGCCGGUUCUCAGGAAGCCCGCCGUCUCUCCCGACAGUCUCGACUCCAACCUCGACUCCAACUCGAGAUCCAGCGCCGACGUGCUCGACAUCAGCGACGAUAGCCACCUGGCGAAGCCUCUGCCCAAGCCGACGCCCAGGACGGCUUCCACGGGCUCGGACGGCUACGAGAAGUCGGGCAUCCCGGCCUCCUCUCCCCGGCGCAGGCUGUCCUCCAACCGGCUGUCCAAGUCGCCCGACAGCCUGGAGAGCAACUCGCCCGGCUGGCUGACCAAGUCCAGCGAGGGCUUUGACAAGCUGUCGGACUUCGAGCGCGAGAGCUGCAACAACGGCAACGUCGGUCACGGCAAACCGGUGGCCGCCGCUCGCCGGCUUCUGCUCCACCCGAUGUCCAAGUCGCAGGAGCGAGUCUGCUGCAGCAAGUCCGCCAACAGCCUCGAGGCCCUGGAGGCGCUCAACAGCGACGACUCGAUGGAGCGCCGGCGGAGCAGCUUCGAGAUCCGGCCCAGGCGGAACCAAGCGCACAAAAUCAUGUCCAAGUCGACCGAGUGCUUCGACUCCACCCUCGUGGAGCACCAGCAGCUGGUCGUCAAGGCCGAGGAGAAGCGGAAGAGAGCGAGCGUCUCGGAGGUCAACCUGUCGAGGGGCAGGCACAGCAGCCUGCUGAGCAAGUCCAGCGAGAGCUUCGAGAAGAUCGAGAUCCCGCCGAGUCGCGAGGAGAAGAACGAGGCCGACCUGGACCUCGAGAAGGUCAACAGCUGCUGGCGAGGGAACAGGAGGAUGGCGCACUCGUCCGAGAGCUCGGACAAUUUCGACCUCGACGAGAACUGCAGGCUGGAGAAUCGAGCCAAGGCCAGGCGCUCGACUCCCAAGCGACUGAGCGGCGGCUUCGGCGACGAGCAGGAGAACAUUGUGCUCCUGCGCAAGUCCUCGUCCAGGUUGCAGAAGAGCUCCGAGAGCUCCGAGCUGGGCAGCACGGAUACCCUCGACUCGGAACGCAGAAACACGAUGAAAUCGUCCGACAGCGACGAGACGCUCGACAGCCUCGAGAAGGAUCUGCAGAGCCAGCCGGAGCAGGACUGCAAAGACGAGGAGACGACGGAGAGCGUACUCGAACGCCGCGAAAAGGCCAGCGAGGAGGAGGAGGAAGCGGAGGAGGACGAGAAGGACGAGAAGAGCUCAUUCUGGCAGAGACGCGCCAACCCACAGGAGUCCAAGGAUCUGGAUAUCCAGCUGCUGGCCUACACCCUGGUCUCGCGCAUCCAGGAGAACGGCAACAACGAGGACCGUGACAACAACGAGGAUAACCAUCUCCAGCAGUAUCACGAGGAGGAGAGGACUGGCAAGAGCAUAAGCAGCAGCUCGCCCGUCGUAGUUUACCCCAAAAAGAAGCAGCAACAGCAGCAGAUGCAGCAUCAGCAGUCGAGCUCCGAGGACAACAAGACUCUGAGCUCGAUCAACAAUUUGCUGAGCAGCAAAAUGGACGAGGACCUGCAGAAUAUGCUCAACGGGAACAUAUCCGAGGUGUCGACCGACACCAAGAGCUUCAAGGAGAAGCUCAUCAUGUUCGAGAAGCUUGGAAAGUGAAUUCGUGUGAUGAUUAUGCGUAAUAUAUCUUUUGCGUUUGUUUGAGAAUUGCUGGCAUUUUUUCGGAGACUGGCUUGGCGUGACUCGAAAUUUUCGCGAGACAGCCGAUGAAUCGUGUGUACGCAUGGGAUUGCGCACUGCUUGUGUUUUAUAUUUUAUGAUCGUGAAUGCGAAAUUGUACAUUUGUUUUUUGAAGUAUUAGCCAGGAUUUUUCGAAAUUUUCCGAAUGUCGCAAAGUUUUGAAGGGAUGCCGAUGAAAGUUGUGAACUUUUAUUUGUUGGACAGGCGUGCCGAUUAUUCUUUCCGUCGCACGGAAAUUUUGAGCACCUACGUCAGUCUCUCUAACGAUAUAAUGAUGAUAAUCGAGCGCCUAUGUAAAGAUUUACACUCAAUUAUAGACUAUAAUAAUGUAUAUGUACGAGAAAUGUUAAAUUAUUGUUUAUACAACGGAGUGUGGAAAUGUCGCUUGGAAAUCUUGAAAAAAUCAAUUUUUUCGUGCGUUUUCAAAUACGCAACGACUCUCGUGCACGUGCGCUCUUUGGGCAAACUCGUCGAUGUUAACUGUUUGGCGUAUCACAUUUUGAAAGACGUUUUAUUACAUUUUACGUAGCGAGUAUGAACUUUUUGAUAAGCAUGAAUUAAGAUUGUACAUUCAUUCGAGUAAUAGCACAUGGUCUUUCAAUAAUUUUAUUGCGAAAGAAUUCAAUUUUUUAAGAUUUUCACUUGACGUUUUCCUCCCUAAGUUAUUUGUUUUAAGUAUUCGACGUUAUUCGUUUUUUCUUUUCUAUUAAAACAAGAGAUAUAGGAUGGCGAUUUCUCGACGAAGUCGCAGAUUCGUGUGUACAGUAGUUCAGUUCACAUUUAGUACACCCACAUGUAUGUAUCCGCAGUAUCGAAAUUUUUCUCAAUGACUCUUUUUUCCUUUUUUGUAAAUAAAUAAUACGUCUAAAGUGUUCUCUCUGUGUAGUGGCUUAGGACAACCAAUUGUAAAGUAUAUACAAGAAUUAUUCUUCAUUUUUUUUCGAACUAUUAUAAAUUAACAAAGCAAAAAAAGAGUCUCGGCGAAAUCUUUUAAGCCUCAAGUGCCUUACACAUGAGCUCGCAAGAACUAAAAGAGAGAUAGAGAAAGAGAAAGCGAUGAAGAAAGAAAGCAGGGCAAGGUGAACAAAAACGUGAAUUGUAAUCGUCUUAAAGCGAUAGAUCUCUUAAAAAGUUAACAAAUAACUAAAAAUGUAACAAUCCUAGGAGCUUAGAGGUUAAAAUUCAUGAUUGUUAGAAAACACGGUUUCGCCGAUUUUUUUCUUUCAAUGUAAAUAAAGCUGCCAUCGCUAUAA